AUGGGAAACUGGAUUCACUAUACAAUAGACUUUUUGAUGAUCUCCAUGAUCUUGGCCGGCAUCAAGGAGGUGACUGGUUACUCGCUUGCUCUUAAACAUAUUGCACAUACCAAGGAUUCUAUUGCUGUCUUAGACAAAUAUUUAGGUCUAGGUGAAAAGCUUUUUGCAUGGAGUUGUCGUUGGGCUAAGAAUAGCAACUCAUUCAAGUUAACGCAAAUUCCAGGAAAGAACCAGAUAAAAGAUGUGAUUGAUGCAUCCAAAAAGUUGGUAAACAUCGAUUCCAGUGAUAGAAAAUGA